GAGGCGCGGGUUCCGGCGGCGUGUGCCCUUCCGCACGUGGGUCCCGGGCGGCGCGCUCUCGGUGUAGACCCCGAGACUCGCGCGUGCGGGCGGCUCCAGUGACUCCCGCUCCGGCCAGGCAUGAGCCGCUACGUUCUGCCGCUGUCCGUGCUGGGCACGGCCGUGGGCGGCGCCGUGCUGCUCAAGGACUUUGUCACCGGCGGGGCUUGUCCCAGCAAGGCCACCAUUCCCGGGAAGACUGUCAUUGUGACUGGUGCCAACACGGGCAUUGGGAAGCAGACCGCCUUGGAGCUGGCCAAAAGAGGAGGCAACAUCAUUCUGGCCUGUCGAGACAUGGAGAAGUGCGAAGCGGCGGCCAAGGAGAUUCGAGGGGAGACCCUUAAUCACCGCGUCAACGCCCGGCACCUGGACUUGGCCUCGCUGAAGUCCAUCCGAGAGUUCGCGGCGCAGGUCACUGAAGAGGAGGAGCAUGUUCACAUCCUGAUCAACAACGCGGCCGUGAUGCGGUGCCCCCACUGGACCACCGAGGACGGCUUUGAGAUGCAGCUUGGCGUUAACUACCUGGGCCACUUCCUUUUGACGAACUUGCUGCUGGACAAGCUGAAAGCCUCCGCCCCCUCGCGCAUCAUCAACGUCUCGUCCUUGGCCCACGUUGCUGGGCACAUAGACUUCGAGGACUUGAACUGGGAGGAGAGGAAGUAUGACACGAAGGCGGCCUACUGCCAGAGCAAGCUGGCCAUCGUCCUCUCCACCAAGGAGCUGAGCCGGCGGCUUCAAGGCACGGGCGUGACUGUCAACGCCUUGCAUCCCGGCGUGGCCAGGACAGAGCUGGGCAGACACUCGGGCAUGCGCAGCUCCGCCUUCUCCAGCUUCACGCUUGGGCCCAUCUUCUGGCUGCUGGUCAAGAGCCCCCAGCUGGCGGCCCAGCCCAGCGUCUACCUGGCCGUGGCGGAGGAGUUGGAGGGCGUUUCUGGAAAGUACUUUGAUGUACUCAAAGAGAAGCCUCCGGCCCCAGAAGCUGAGGAUGAGGAAGUAGCCAAGAGGCUUUGGGCUGAAAGUGUCCGCCUGGUGGGCUUGGAGAUGUCCCAUGGAUCCCAUGGGAAGAGGGGACAGCCGCUCCCCAAAUAACCGCUGGGAACAGGCGUGGAGGCCACCGGGCAGGCAGAGCCGCCAGGGUGGAGCAGCUCACCAAGCCUAGCUGUCAUGCCCGCAGCAUCCACCAGGUGGCAGUAUUGACAAGGGCCCGGCUAGCCAGCGCUGUAGUUUUCUCAGUAGUCAUGUUUGGAUGUGAGAGUUGGACCAUAAAGAAGGCUGAGCACUGAGUCUUUUGAACUGUGAUGCUGGAGAAGACUCUUGAGAGUCAACCAGUCCAUCCUAAAGGAAAUCAACCCUGAAUAUUCAGUGGAAGGACUGAUGCUGAAGCUGAAGCUCCAACACUUUGGCCACCUGAUGAGAAGAACUGACUCAUUUGAAAAGACCCUGAUGCCAGGAAAGAUCAAAGGCAGGAGGAGAAGGGGACAACAGGAGGAGAUGGUUGGAUGGCAUCACCGACUCGAUGGACAUGAGUUUGUGCAGACUCUUGGAGACGGUGAAGGACAGGAAGGCUGGCGUGCUGCAGUCCCUGGGGUUGCAGGGUCAGACCCGACCGAGCGACUGAACAAGUUGCCCGAGGGGCGCUAACUGCCACGCCUGCGGCUCCCUCUGGGUGGUGGCGUUGCCUCUUCUCUGGACACGGGGAUUGGCUCCAGCUGAGCCUCUGGCCCAGGGCUGGCUGGCGCAGUGUGCCCUGCUGCCAGCAGGUGGGCUGGGCCAGCGGACGCCUCCUUUGGGGAUCCACACCAGGAGUUUGGGGCGGUGUCACCUGCCUCUGGUGUGGCCCAUGCCUGAGACAGGAUGCCCGUGGGCAGGUUUGUCCGACGCAGUUGAGUGGGCUCGUGGUCCGCCGCGUGACUGUGCACCUCUGGCCUCCUCGCUCAGCCUUGGCUUCCCCAGCUGUUCACCGGGCCGCUCAUCACGUGGGCCCGACUUUCCCCUGGCUCGGAGAACGGCAGCUGCACCUUCCCUGCCAGUGGAUCUUUACUGACGACCUGCCAUGUGCCAGACCCCAGCGAGGUGCUGGAGACGCCCACAGGAACAGACCCUGUUGUCUCCGUGUCGUGCUGGUGGCAUCACGGGGGGCGGGGGGCGGGGAGGAACCACUGAGGAGCCCGGAGGCCCGGGACCACGACCGCACAGACCCUCCAACUUGCUCUUUAAUAGGAAAAAACCCCCAAAACUGUAACUGAGUCAUCGGUUUCACUUUCUUCCUUUACAUGUGUGUGUGGCGGGGGGAGUGCUAAGGAGCUGGCCCGAAAGAACUUGGAUUUAUUACAUUUAGAAAAUGGGCUCUUGACGUAACUAUCAACAGGGCAGUGAACGGCUCAGAAGUUCAGACUUUUGGGGACUAAAGGGGCCCAUUCCUCCUUUCACGUGGUGACCGUCCUUGAGGUCUGGGCGCCUUGCGAGUUAGAAGCGGGGCUGAUGCUCCGCUUGGGCACAGCAUGGAGGGGACCCCACAGAGCUCAAUUAUCGAGGUAAAAAGUCUCUUAACGUUAAAAUGUCUAAUACUUGGGAGAACUGUGCAGGCCACAUUGUACAAUGCACAGAAGGGCAGAGAAGGACCCCGUCCUGAAUGCCAUCAGUGCCGAGGGGGUGGGUGGGGAGGGGCCGCUGAAGACGCCCCAGUGCUCCAUGGACACGGCGAGUGUUGCUCCUGUUCCCACGUCGGGCGGACAAUGGCCAGAGGACUGGUGCCGGGUGACCAGGCCCCACCUCCCCGUCUGUGCCCGCUGUCUUCUCUGUGGGCCGCACCUGGACACUCCUUCUUUUUUUAAAGACAAUGGGAUUAAAAAGAAAAAAAUUGGUUGUUUCGGCCUCUUUCACUUGGGAGUGAGGGCUCUCUACCAUGGUUGCUCUGUGGCAGGUGGGAUCUUAGCUCCCUGACCUGGGAUCAAACCCACAGCCCCUGCUGUGGAAGCACGGACUGUUAAGCAUUGGGCCACCAGGAAAGUCCCUUCUCUCGUUUUUUAAGGGCCUCUUGAUAUCGCUUGGCCCAUCCAGACAAUCCAGGAUCGUCUUCCUCCUCUGACACUGGCUGUUAGGAACUUGAGCCCAUCAUCCCCCUUUGCCCUGUAAAGUAGAAGGUUCUGUGGAUUAGAACACCUUGGGGGGCACCCACUUUUCCACCAACACUGUUCUUUUCAAAAUCCUUAAGCAAAAAUCCUUUCUGCUUAAAUUAAGAAGAAUCAGCUUCACCAGGGUUGUUGGCAAGCAAAUCAACUGAAAAUAACAGAUUUUUAAAAUCACAAACUCUCCGCUAUCUGCUUUCAAAAAAAAAGAACUUGGGGUGUGUUAGCAAGAAGAGGGGUUGGAAUUCAGAGUCUGAUUCUACAGCCCACUCUCUUUCUGGGGGAGAGUUAUAGGUCUAAAUGUCCAUGAGAACCUCUGACCACAUGAGGAUUUGUCUGUUACGUACAAGCAAGCGGCCCACAGCUGAUGCUAACCACAAACCUUCACAACCAACGUCCGCUUCCUUUCUGAAACCGAGAAACCCCAAAGACCACAAGCAUUGAGUCGCACAUCAGCUUCACCUUUGACUGCUUCUCUGAAGGCUUUGAGGUGGUUCACAAACCCAGCUAUAACCUUCAGACGGACGGAAGACGAUCAAACCGAUCUCCAACAAGAGGGCGCAAAACAAAACCCAAACCCACCGAAGCAGCCCAGAGAGGAGAUGGUGGCAAAGUUGUGCAUGGACCCAGGGCGCAUCGUGGAAGGGGUGCUCGGGUGGGCUCUUCACCACGAGAGACCAGGCCGGGGUCACAUCCUUCAUGCUGCCCUUUGGGCUUGGGGAUUCUGUCAAGUUGGUUUGGGCUGCUGAUCACAGGACAUGAAGGCGUUAAGCUGACCUGACGUGUGCACACGUCCAUGUGUAAAAUAGAUGGCUACUGGGAAGCUGCUGUGUAGACAGAGCUCAGCUCAGGGCUCUGUGAUG